AGAAAUCCAUCGUUGCGUUUGACCGCUCCGUGUGCUCGUCAUAUUCACAGUUCUCAUCGUACCACCGCCUUUUAUUUGCUUGGGGCCCUUCUUUUCUGCUUCCUCAUUGAAAACCAAAAGAAGUAUCACAUAUAUUCCUUUCCUUUUUUGUUUUUUUGCUGAAACGUUGUUGUUUCUUUUCGCGCUCGUCGUCUCCUCCUCCUCGCCCAUCCUCUCUCUCUCUCGCACGCUCUAUUCCUUGUGGCGUAGGUAGAUACACCAAGAAGGCGGCAUCGGGGGAGGGGCGUAACUCAUUGCUACUGUUUUCAUUGUAAUUCACGGCGUACUCGUGCCUGGUGUGACACCCACCCACGUAUUGAACGCACUUACCUUGUUAUCUGCCUAAGAGAAGAAAGAUGGUGAGUCUUUUCGGUCUCACCAAGGAUAAGAAGGAGAAGAAAAAGGCUGAGGAGGAGCAAGAGGAAUCCACGCCCGUGGCAGACCAACCACCACCACCGCCACAAGGCGGUGACGAGGCGGCGGGCCAGCAAGACGGAGGCAUCGCCUCGGUGCACCAUAGCAGCGACAACGUCGCCGACGAAGCGAGCCCCUCCGCUGCACCUCACAACAAUGACGCCACAACACCUGUCUCCGGCCAGGUCGCCGAGUCCGUCUCCAGUGAGAGCUCCGAGCACGAGAAGAAGGAAGGCGUCUCGCGCUACGUCUCGUCGUACGAGGGUAGCGCGGACGGCCGCUGCCAAACCUGCAAUCUGCUGAAGAUCGCCUGCAACUGCCAGCGCUGCUUCCGCUGCCACCGCUACCUGCUGACGCUGUCGAGUCGGCGACACUGCCGCCGGUGCUGGCGUGCGGUGUGCCCGAAGUGCUCCCCCUUCGAACGCACGAACGACUUCCUUCGCGGCGAGAUGUCCCGCACCUGCAAAGAGUGCGCGGUGCCCCACGCGCUCGUCUACGUGACGCAGCUCGCCAACAGCUCCUACGAAACGUUGAACGCCGGCGCGAAGCUCAACACGCAGGGCGACAGCGAAGACGGCAGCAACGAGGCGGCGGCCGACGUGCACCCCCACGCGCACCCGCUCGACACACGCCCCUUUCGUUGGGGCCUGUACCUUCUGAGCUGUGAGAUGGACGCGCCGCGGCGGUGCAUCAACCCCUCCUGCUCGAACCCCAUCUCGUACGACCUCGUCUGUGCCAAGUGCAAGGUUGUCACCGUGACGCUCGCCGCGCACCAGCUGCGUCACGUCGAGGUGGCGGAUCGGACGGACAUGGCCGCCUCGUCGGGCGACAAAUCUGCCGCUGUGAUCACCGAGGCGGUGGAGAACGCGGUGCGGUUGGAGUACGACUCCGUCUCGGCGGCCCGCACCACCGCGGAGGAGGACGCGAUCUUUGACGCCGCGCUGCCCAACGAGAGCGAUAGUUACCUCUUUGCCAACCUGCAGGGGGACAGCUGGUCGUCGCGGAAGGUGCUGCUCUCGCUCGUGGCGUGCGCGAUUGCGGCCGAGGCGUCGGCCAUGCCGAACAUUUCCCUGGCCAUGAUGGACACGCCACCCUACGCCCAGCUGCUGCGUCCCGUGCAGGUCAGCGAGGUCUUCAGCGUAUUCGACGCCCCUGGUCACGUGCGCUUUAUCGCCUUCAACUCCGGGGCGAGCAGCCGCUCCUCCAUUCAUCAGGUGCUCGGCACACACAUGACCGCGUGUGAGGCGUGGACGAGUUCGGCCAUGAAGAAGAGCAACGCGGUGGCGAAGGUCGUCUCGACCUCUCACGAGGCCCAUGCGGCGCGAUUGACGGAGUGCGUGGCAAAGCUGAAUGUGCGGGAGGGGGUGCUCGCGUACAUCGCGGAGAGCGACGUGCUCCGCAAGCUGCCGGAGAUGGUGGACAAGACGGCGAAGGAAGGCUCGGACGUGGUACUGUGCGGCCACGGCAUCGGCGGGGCGGUCGCCUCGUGGAUCUCCGCCACCCUUCUUCUGGAGAGCACUGCCGACUUAAAGGAUCGGCUGAUGUGUGUUACCUUCGGUGCCCCGCUCGUGGCGAACCACGCCCUGACGGAUCUGCUGAGCCAGCACGAACUGCACAAGAACUUCCAGCACUUCGUGAACGGGAGCGACAUGGUGCCCCGCAUGAGCUACAUCGACGCGCUGCUGGAGUCUGGCAACACCGUAGGGACGGCGUCCAUCGUGGGGCAUGGCGAGCGCGUGGCCUCCGCCGUGGAGGUGCGGGAGGCGGUGGUCAUGUGGGUGGGCCGGCACGAGGAGCCGCUGCGGGUCUCUGCGCCGCAGCUCCGCACCGGCAAAGAGGGCUUCUCCAUCAGCAGCGUCGCCCGCAGAAUGCGUAGCGUAAACGUGUCGGAUUCGAAGAGUAAGAAAUCGAAGAGUGCAGAGGAGGGUGAGGCCGCCUCGGUGGCAGAGGACGGGGCGGGGGACUUGUUCCGCACAAGCCGUGAGCCCUUCGACAACAACAUCAUUCGCGCCGUGGACGAGAAUACCGCGCUGACGCUGCACGACGUCGAUUUUCAGCGCUUUGUCGCACCGGAGCACCGCGCGAAGCAGGCGAUGGACCCGUUUGGGUGCUACCACUUCUUGUGGCACACACGCGGGAGGUACAUCUGCACCGAUGACCCGUCCACUUCCAUUGGCUUCCUGUCCGACCGCACUGACCUGCGCGUGCAGCUGCAGGAUCACCUGCUGAGCUCUUACAACAAAGCGAUGGUGGAGUACAUCUACUCCAUAUCUCCGGGACAGUAA